GUGACACUUGGUGGUCUGCCUUUAGCUGUGGAGGACAUAAAUAAGAAUCCUUUGCUGCUGCCAGGCAAACGUUUGUCAUUUAAAGCAUUCGAUAUUGGUCAUACAACAGGACUUUAUCGCGUACAACCCAUAAGAUUUAUGACUCAAAUGAAAAAUGAAAAUGUGGCUGCAUUUAUAGGACCAGAUGAAAGUUGCAUAUCAGAAGCCCUGUUGGCAGCAGCAUGGAAUAUACCCAUGAUUUCAUUUAAAUGCUCAGAUUCAAUUGUAUCUAAUAAGGAGACAUUUCAUACAUUUGCUAGAACAUUGGCCCCAGCUUCUAAG